GCAAGAACGUUGCGCACAAUGAUGUGACACCUAUCAAGCAUGGCGCCUUGCAGAGCACUCAGAAACUCCGCAAAGAUGACUUAUUGUGGUUAGCAUAUCGCGGCAGCGCUACAGUUCGCUACUGUAGCAUACUGUGGUUGAAAUGCUUGUGCAUUGUAGUACAAGAAGCAUUCAACGUGCGCAGAGAUUAUACUUGGCAAUAGGUGACGUGCUGCUGUUGACCGAGGAAGUUUCUUUAACGUAGAAGACGACGUUUGAAUCUUUUUAUGUUCACGAUGGUCGAACUCGAUCGCUUCAGGUCACAGUGGUUGCGAGAACUGAAAGUAGACGCGGCACGAAAGCCGGUUGGACCUGAAGAUCUUGUUGGUGUCGUCAUCGAGGAUCUUCGUGCCGACGACGCAAAUGUUGAUAACGAAGAUCGGCUUGUCAGAGUUGAUUGUGAUGGUGGCGCGCGCACUGUCAAACGUGCUGCCAAGCGGAGAUUAAUCAAACUCGAGUCGAACACGCUUUGCCAGGAGCAGCCUAGAGCCUUCGACAUUGCGGACCGCCUGCUUCAGGGCGAAAUCCUGACCGACGACGAUUUGUUCGGGAAGUGCGAAGAGAAGAAGCGCGCCUUAGGUCUCAAGACGCCAGUGGAGUGCUCAGAAGUGUCCACCGCGCCUGCUUCCCUGUCUGUAGAGGACGCCUGCUCAUCGUUGGUGGACACUUUCAUCAAUGAUUUGAAUGAAAUUACUGAAAUUCCAUUCUUUGACACUUAUCUUCCUCGUGAAGUAGCCAUCGACAUCUUUAAGCACCUGGACAUUGUUGAUCUCUGCAGAUGUGCUCAGGUCAGCCGCGGCUGGAGAUGCGUAGCAGACGACGAGCUGUUGUGGCAUCGACAUUGUUGUCAGAUGGGAUUUGCAGAUGAGACCGUGACAGCAGAAAAGACUAACUGGAAGCAAUACCUCAAGGACCAGAUGCAGAGGGAGUCUCUUCUCAGGCACAACUGGAAGAAUCGCAUUGGACGACUUUAUGAGCUGGAGUAUUCAAGGGCUGGUGUACUGUCAGCAGUUGACUCAUCUGAAGACUUCAUCCUUGCAGGGUAUUCGAGUGGUGAGGUGCGCCUGUGGCAGCGAACCAGCUCAGGUGUGCAGCUGAGGAGUGUCAUCUUGGAUGGCACCAUACACCCAAACAGCUUAAACUAUGUCAGUUCGAUAGCCCUGGCCAAAAGCUGUUUUGUAGUCACCUAUGCAGAAGGUGAGGUCUGUGUUGGUGGUUUAAGUGGCUGUUCUACAUCAGCUACUGCUUGCAAUCAGACUAUUGCCCUCACUGGGCCAGCCAAGGUCGCAGCUUCCAAGCAGGACAACCACUUCGCUGCUUUUGGAGGCACAAGCAUUGCCCUUGUGGAUCCAACAGGUCAAAUCUAUUCGGCCCAGCUCCCUACCAAGGUGUCUCAUGUGGCGCUUCUCCCAACUGCGUGUGGCCGACAGCAGCCACCUCUAGUGUCAGCUGCUGAAGACGCCGUGAGGCUGCAUGCCGGGCACCAGUUUGAGGCAGACGGCCUCUCUCUGCAUCACCUGAUUGGUGCCACCGUCACCUGCUUAGAUUCCUCUGAUGCUGUCAUUGCCCUUGGGCUCACUGACAGGUCUGCUGUCAAUGUCUUUCAGGUUCCUCUGUAUGCGGCGGAGAAUGGACGACUGCUUGGCACACUGACCAGCCACACAAGCUCUGUUGUGUGCGUCAACAUCUCCCACUGUCCUGACAACCUGGUGCUGACCGGGAGCUGUGACAAGAAUGCACGUAUCUUUGACCUGCGGACACUGCAGUGUGAGGUGCGCAUCAGUGCACACGGACUGGGUGUCACCCAAGUGCAGAUGGACGAGCACAGCCUGGUGACCGGUGGUCAGGAUGGUCUCGUCUGCGUGUGGGACCUGCGCACCAAGGCAAAACUCUGGGAGAUGUUCUGCAGGCACCCUGUGAAACACUUGAGAGCCAACCGAACCACCCUUGUCACUGCACACGUGCCCUACAACCUGUUUCCAGAACCAGAGGAUGGCAACAUUGUUGUUCACACAAGGCAGAGGGGGUCCAUCCGAAUGUACGACUUCUCGGCCAACCAACAGACUUCAGGAAUUCCAUCAAUAUGUCUGUCUUCGUAUGACGAACCAGCUGGUUACAACUACAAUGUUCGCUUGGCUGUACCUUAUGAUGAGAUCACGGAUGUCAUCUGAAAGAGCUGUUGAGCAGGCCUGUCAAUGUUUUGUAAAUAAAUAUACACGUGAAUUCUCA